GCACUCAGGUACACGAACGACCUCGAGUGGUGGUGGCUUAAGGAGGCACCUAUGGCCACAAGAGAAGCUUAUCCAAUAGGCCCUGACAACACCUUUCGGCAUCCUGGGCGCCCUCAAGUGUCGGUGGAGACGCUAAAGGAUACUGUUGGAUCCCAACCCUCCCAGAAGUCGGUCCCCAAGUCCUGUCAGUUCAGCAUCAGCUUGAGGAUUCCCACCUUCAACGCCAAGACAGGUAGGGACGCGGAGGCCACGGCGGCUAGACGCGCCAAAACGUCGGGCGAGGUUCUCAGAUUGCAGUUUGCUCAGGAACAUUGCCACAUCGUCGGGGUGCAGGAGGCGCGAAAUCCGUCGGGGGAAAAGUGCUCUGCUGGUUACUUUGUGCUUUCUUCGGGAUCUGACGGUGGCAAGAACUUGGGCGUGGAACUCUGGAUCUCCUUGCACCUACCCUACGGGCGGCGAGGGGGCGAAGACCUGUACCUUGAACAGAAACAUUUUAGGCCGCUGUACGCUACCCAGAGGCACCUGGUGGUUGGCUGUCGUGCCCCACCCUUUAGGAAGGUCAUCCUGGUUGCCCAUGCGUUGCACAACGGAGACGAAUAUACCUCGCAGCAGAGGAAACAGUGGUGGCGGGACCUCAUAGGGAUCUGCCGCAAAUUGAAAGUCCAGCUGGCUUUCCUGGACGCGAAUGCCAGGCUCGGCAGCAUCGUGUCUGACGCAUUGGGAAGUGAAGGAUUCAGGCAGGACGAGGACGAAUCGGGCGGACUAUUCCACGACAUGCUCUUGGAGACGGGUUUGGCCGCCGCCAACACGCUAGUCCCCUCCCUCAGCCAGGACUCGUACACGUUCGUCUCGUCUAAGUCUGAAACAACACACAGAAUAGACUACAUUGCGGUUGAGCAGAGUAUGAUUCCCGCAUUGGACCAACACCAAGUCCGAUAUGAUACAGAUUCCUUCUGCACUGGCAAGGAUCAUCAUCCUGUCUUCAUGCGCUUCGAGUCCCAGGGCUCCACCAAGGCAGCGCAACGACAGAGCGGCUACGACGUUUUGGGCACCCAGGACCCUGAUAAGGCAGCAGCUUUCAGGAUGCACUUGGCAGCUUUUCCCACGGUUCCCCACCAUGUCGACAUGAAUCAGCACUUGCACGACAUUAUUCACUACAUGUACGUGGGCGCACAAACCUGCUCCCCUAAACCUGCACGUGUCCCGAUCAAGCCGCAUGCAUCGGAGGAUCUUCUAGGAGUAAUCAUCUUCAGAGGGCAAGUGCGACAGGCAUGGCGUCUCUGGGGCAAGCAUGACUCUGGCGGUGUCAGGAGGCUGGUCGCCGCGUCGCUCGAGGCGGGGGACCCCCAGAACAUCGCCGAUCUAGAGCUGGACUUCUUGGUUUCGGAGCUUUUCCAGGCUUUCGCAGAUUGGGAUACUCAGAUGUUGACGGCAAGCGAGCUAGCUGCGCACAUGCUUGAGUUUCUGGUCAGGUCGAAGCCGGCCCUGAGAAGGGCCUUGAAGCACUCCCGCAACAAGCUGUUAGACGACCUCGCGCAGCAGUUGAUCAGCGCCAGGCUCAAGCACGACAUCAUGAAGGCAGCCAAGAGAAGAGGAGCUGGGCCUGACAGACUCAGCAACGAUCUUUUCCAGGUCGCUCCACAUGAAUGCACGCAGAUCCUAUUGCCGUUGUUCGUGAAGGUAGACAUGGCGUCCAGGGAGCCCCUGCUGUUCAAAG